AUGGAAGCAGAACAAAAUGAAGAAGUUGCUUCGAAGGUAGAGGAAGUCAAAGGGGAAGCAUCAGUAAGUGCUCAAGUACAAGACCCUUUGGAAGAAGUCAACUUAGGGGAAGGUUCUGCACAGCAACCCACUUAUAUUAGUGCUUGGUUAAGUCCUAUUAACAGGAACCAGUUGUUGAUAGCCAAUGUGACUUAUAUCCCAAGAGUCAUGAACCAUAAGGCCAAUGAUGUGGCCCAAAAGGCUUCGAAUUUCAAAAGAAAUGGGAAUACCCAAGUGGACAUAAGUCAAGCAACAUACCAGAAGUUAAUACCACCUUUGGCUAAAAUGGGUAUCAUAGUAGAAGGAGCAGAUGGGUUGCUGUUGGAAUGCUUAGGGCCACAGGAAGCAUUUACUGAUAUGGUUGAGGUGUAUGAAAGUAUUUGUGGUGCCCAUCAACCUGAUGUGAAGAUAAGAUGGUUGCUUCGAAGGCAUUCCUACUAUUGGCCAAUCAUCCUAAAGGAUUGCAUAGAAUAUGCAAAAGAAUGUCAAGCAUGCCAGAAGCAUGACAUGAUAAGGCAUGUUCCGAUAACUGAUUUGUAUACAGUAGUAAAGCCAUGGCCAUUUAGAGGAUGA